AUGGAAAAUAGCGAUAGCAUAGGCCACAUGUGGAGCUCCAGAGAUGAUGAUCCUCCUCCUGGUGGAGGUGGGGACUUGUCCUCUGAUGUAGACAUGUCGGUCCCUAUUACUGGUCAGUGUGCUCCAUCUAGUCGUCCUCUGAAAAGAUCAGCGGAUACAGAAAUCACCAGUAUCCCAAAGAAAAACAUAACUCCAUCUGAUUCUAUUCAGGAUUCUUAUACUAGGCCUGGUUUUGAACCUGAUAAGAAAAUUAGUCAAGUAUUCCUACUCUCGCUAAUGUUCACCGUCCUCUCCCUCCACAACAAGCCU